UUUCAUUGGUCAAGUAUAAACCGAUCAUCUGACCACUCCUUGAGUUUGCUCAAGUAGCUGAACUUUUGAGUCCAACCCUAAAUAAACCGGGUGAUUUUAGGGUACGCAGAACAUUUUAUCCUUCGCAGCGAUGAGUAAAUUAAUCCCAGCUCAAGAAGCGGCCAAGAUUUACCACACUAACUAUGUAAGAAACGCCAGAGCCAUCGGCGUACUCUGGAUCAUCUUCACCAUCUGCUUUGCCAUAAUUACUAUGGUGGUGUUCAUUCAGCCUUACUGGAUCGGGGACAGUGUGGACACCCCGCAAUCUGGAUACUUCGGUCUUUUCCAUUACUGUAUCGGAAACCCCAUUACAGGGGAGCUGGUGUGUAAAGGAAGUGCUCUGGAUUUCGGAUCCAUUCCCUCUGGAGCUUUUAAAACAGCUAUGUUCUUCGUAGGGAUUUCAUUCCUGCUGGUUGUGGGCACCAUCGGUUGCUUCAGCCUCUUUUUCUUCUGUAACGCCGGCAGUGUGUAUAAGAUCUGUGCGUGGAUGCAGCUCGCAGCCGCUACCUGUAUGGUCAUAGGCUGUAUGAUAUAUCCUGAUGGCUGGGAUUCGGAGGAGGUGAAGCGCAUGUGUGGCCAGCGGACAGAUAAGUACACCCUUGGGAACUGCACGGUACGCUGGGCUUACAUCCUGGCCAUCAUCAGCAUCAUGGACUCCCUUGUCCUCGCCUUCCUUGCCUUUGUACUCGGAAACCGACAGGACAAACUGCUGCCCGAGGACUUCCAGGUGGGAGAGAACACAGAAGGAGCAUGAAGCCUCCGAAUUCCUCGUCUAUUCACGGGUCUCCGUAAGCCAAAUCACGUUCCACCAUUUUCCAUCUAUGGAUCUUCUACAUCUGGAGUUUCUUCUUCUGCUAUGAAAGGAAGGACUUUUAAUAUUGAUAACAUACUAAUUUUGUACUGUAGAGUCUAUAGUCUUUAUCUGAUUUAUAAAUGUACCGCAUUUUUUUAUUUAAAAAAAAAACA